CGUCCGAGCCGCGAAGGGCGACGUCCUCCUCGAGGUGAAAGACCUCACCGCGAAGGUCGCGGAGACGGGCGAGACGAUCCUGGCGUGACGCUGACGAUCAAAGAAGGCGAGACGCACGCGAUCAUGGGGAAGAACGGCCACGUUCACGAAGGUGCUCGUCGGGCAUCCGUCGUACGAGGUCACCGGCGGCACCGCGGUGUUCAAGGGAAAGGAUCUGCUCGCGAUGGACCCGGAGGACCGAGCGAGGGAAGGCCUGUUCCUAUCGUUCCAGUCCCCGAUCGAGGUCCCGGGCGUUAGCAACACGGACUUCCUUCGGAUGAUGUGCAACGAGCGGAGGAAAGCGCGAGGGGAGGAGGAGCUCGACCCGCUCGAGUUUUACGGCUUCCUCACGCCCAAGCUCGACCAGCUGAACAUGGACCCGUCGUUCCUCGCGCGAAACGUCAACGAGGGCUUCUCCGGCGGCGAGAAGAAACGGAACGAGAUCUUACAGCUCGCGGUGAUGGAGUCCGAGAUGAGCAUCUUAGACGAGAUCGACUCCGGGUUGGACGUGGACGCGCUGCGCGACGUCGCCGCGGCGGUGAACGUUCUCAAGGAGGGCGACAAGGGGUUGCUUCUCAUCACGCACUACCAGCGGCUGCUGGACGCGAUUCAUCCGGAUUUCGUACACGUCAUGGAGAAGGGGAAGAUCACGCAGACGGGGGACAAGUCCAUCGCGUCGAAGCUCGAGGAGGGCGGCUUCGCGAGCCUCGCGUGA